GUCUGCAGACGAAGAAAUCCUCGGAAACAGAUCAGCUACAACAUGACAAACCGCAUCCUGCUGAGCGUCUCCGUCCUGCUGCUCCUGCUGCUGCCUGCAGGUGCGGAGGAGGACGCCAUAAACACGGAUGACGAGGCACGACAGAAGCGCAGUGUUCCUAACUGGGCGAUGACCUCCUCGGACUUCUUCGGCUGGGUGGAGGAGCUGAGGAAACACGCCGGCUACGACCACAUCGAAGACCUGGCCAGAACAUUCUGGGCUCAUUUUCCCUCCGCAGACCGUCUCGGGUACGGCGUCCACGAACCGGACGAGUAGAAACACAAACAUUUUGUGACGACUGGGGCAAGAGGGGGAGGAGACACGAUGAGAAGAAGAUCACAAACAAAGACACAACAAAAUUAAAAUACCAUAAAGAACAAAACUAGAACAGAAGUUGUGAG